AUGGCAUGUGGUCGAAUAGCUAUCAGACGGUAUUCGGCCAAUGUUACAGCUAAAAUUGGUCUAGAGAUUCACGUUCAAUUGAAAACACAGUCAAAACUGUUCAGCGCUGCUUCAGUAGCCAAACAAUAUUCGAGUGGAAGCAAUCAGAAUGUGGCAUUGUUCGACUUGGGUACUCCUGGGACACUCCCGACUGUGAAUAAGAAGUGUAUUGAGGUUAGUUAAGGGUAAUAUCGGUAUAAUCGGACAGCUGGCUCUGAAAACUUCCAGGCUUUUGAAUGCGACGGUGGCCAACGAAUGUCGAUUUGACCGAAAACAUUAUUUCUACCCUGAUAUGCCUACUGGCUAUCAGAUAACGCAACAUGAACUUCCGAUUGCCAAGAAUGGGUACUUGGAUUACUAUGUCAGAGAAGCUGACGAUUAUAAGAGAAGGGCCAACAUCAUUCAGGUCCAACUGGAGAUGGACAGUGGAAAGCUGAUUCACGACAAGAACCAAGACCUUGUGGACUUGAAUAGGGCUGGGGUUGGUCUGGUUGAGAUUGUGACCGAUCCUUGCUUCAACAGUUCGAAGGAAGCGUCUACAUUUGUCGAGAAUCUGAGGUGGACGCUGAUGGAGAAUGAAAUUUCGGACUGUCUAAUGCAUUGUGAGUUAUUACAGUAAAACGCAAGAAUUAACCCAGAUUAAAUGUAAAAUUGGUUUAAGUAUUGCCAUUUUAUACUGUGGCACGUUUUCAGUAGGAGAACUGAGAGUAGAUGCUAAUGUGUCAGUGUCAUCAGAAGACGCUAAAGGAAAUGUAAUUGAACUCAAGAACAUAAACAGUUUCAAUGAUGUCAGGAUCGCUUUGGACUACGAAAUAAACCGUCAGAAGAACAUUUUGAAGAAGGGUGGGACAGUAGAAGCCGAAACCAGAAGUGUUGUCGAUGGGUACGGUUCUGUUUUGUUAUUUUGAAAUCCUUCUAAAUACUUUAUCUAGGGUAUCAUAAUUUAAAGGUUAAACAAAUUUUUAAAAAGAUCUUGUUGCAUUUUUACAGAAAGACGGUAUCCAGUCGAGAAAAAGGAGAAUCCCACGAUUACCGGUUCCUUCCCGAGCCCAAUAUCCCCAGAAUCGCGAUCGAAAAAGAAUGGCUGUACGAGAUCGACUUGAACCUGAACAAACCUUUGUACCUACACUAUAUCAACAACGUCGGUCUCAGUGUGGCACACACUUUUGACAUGUUAUAUGACAAAGGCUUGAAGGACUUUGUAGAUGAAUUCUUGAAGUUCGUCGAGGUCAAUGACAAAGUCAAGUUGUUAUUGGAAGAGUUUCCGGUCAUUAUUCAACAAUUCGAAGGAACUUUCCCACCCAAAAAAGGUACUGUAAUUUUUAUUUUGUUUUAUCAUGUUGUUUUUAUAGUAUAAGCAAAAAGCAUAAGUUAGAGUAGUUAAGUUUACUGUAACAAUAUUACUUACAGAGGUCAUACCGAUUUAUGCCGAAUUGACAAAGUAUCUAGUCGAGGAUGAGAUUACACGUCUAACGUUUAUCGAAUUGGUUAAAUUUUAUGUCAACGACCAGUCGAUUUCGGUAAAGGAGGUAAGUGAUUGAGAGUACAUGUCAAAGGGUAUCUUAAAAUUAUUUUUGUCUUUGUUCGUUGCAGUAAAUAUACUUUAUUAUAGAAAAUCUGUCAGGAUGACCUGUGGAGGAUAAGAGAAGUCGACCAAAUAAACAAAGUGGUCGAUAUUAUAGUCAACGAUGCCAAUCGAGAGCAUCUGAUCAAGGCCAAAGCCGGCAAACCAAAGUUCUUCAACCGGUUGCGCAACCAGAUAGUUACAGUAACCCGGAAGCGGAUUAAGAUCGUUGAUGCAGAAACCGCUCUCAGGAUGAGGCUGGACCAGAUUAGGGAAUAA